AGGCGCGCCGGCGGAGGCAGGCAGGCUCGGUGUGAGGACGGUCCCUUCGCGCAUUGCCUCCCGGAGACUUUCUACCGACGGGUGCAGUGUUUGUGUGCGCGGUCUGGCGGACUCGCUCGCUCCGCUUCUCCGACUUCAUUCACCUCAUUCGUUUUUCCUUUCACUCUCGUUUUCCCUUCCUCGUUUUCUUAUACUGGAAUAUUUAUUCGAUUUCGCCCACCUUAGUGCUUCUCAGUGAUUCGCGUUGGACUGCCGAGUGGUUUUUACCCGUUGACGCGAUGUUCUCUCUCGCUCGACGUUCGCUGGUCCCUUUGCGCCGCGAGUGAUUGGCGCCUCCAGAUAACGCCGGGGAAGCUGCAGGCACUCUCAGUUGCGUUUUUGUGAAUUCUGUUCAGGAAGGACGAGAGAACAGGCGUGUUAAUAAAAACCAAGACUCAUCUUUUUCCGAGAAAUCUUCUUGCUGGAAACUGUUCUUUAUUGAAAAUGUGAAAAAGACUCACUUUCAUUUCUAGGAAUGCUGAUUUAUUUCAUUUCUAAAGACUCUUGAGGACUUCCUUUCUAAAAAAAAAAAAAAAAACUCUAAAGAAGCCAAAUUAAGAGUUGGCUAGAACAUCAGCAUGAGGAAAUCCAGGAAGUGAAAGAGCUCGUGAGUUAUGAAUAGCGGACCAAUUAAGACAGAGAACAAUAAGUGCUGGUGAUUUCCUCGAACAAAUAACACACGUGCUGCUGUUAAGGAGGAUGACUGCCAUCUAGCGGCGACCUGAGACAACUAUGGCCCUAUCAUCGAUGGACGUGCGACCUCCCAUGGCACUCGAAGUCACACUGCCUCCCACAUGGGCUACCACGGAGCUGCCCUUUUCCACCACAGCGUUCAUGGAAGAUGUCAUGAACGAGACCUUCGGCGCUGGAGGACCCUGCCAGUCAGACGGCCGCCUCAUCGACUUCUCCGAGUUCGACUACCCGUACAGAAAGGACACCUGGAUCCCCAUAACGUGGCGGGAGGUGCUCAAGAUCGUGGCAUAUAUGAUCGUCUUCUUGGUGUCCGUGGCUGGCAACCUGCUGGUGAUCCUCGUGGUCUACUACAACGCCCACAUGCGCAACUCCACCAACACCUACCUGGUAAACCUGGCUGUAGCGGACUUGCUGGUGACCUUCGGGUGUAUGUGGGUGCACAUCAUACGCCAUCUGUCUCAUCCCAAUUACGUGCUGCCAGCCAUUAUGUGCAAAGUGGAUAGCUUCAUGCAAGCCACUGCCUUGUUGGCGAGCGUGCUGACUUUAACAGUGAUCAGCGUAGGGCGGUUCGUUGCAGUCAUGUUCCCUCUGCAAGCACACACUUCCCCCGACCGAGCGCACCGGGUUAUCGCUGCAGUGUGGCUCACCUCCAUCUUGCUUGCUUGCCCGCUGGCCAUCUAUCGGGAGCUCCACAGCUUUAAGUGGAAGAACUUCACCUCUUGGCACUGCGACGAGUACUGGCCCAAGGAGGUACGGUUCGACCCCUCGCUGGGAAUGUGCAUCACGACCUAUGACUCCAAGAAACUCUUUUACACGCUGCUGACCAUCGCCCUCUAUUUCUUGCCCGUGGGAAUCAUGCUCUUGAAUUACGGCCUGGUGGUGUGGAGGCUGUGGAUGACCCAGCUCCCGGGCGAGCACUCCGCCCCCGCCCGCAACACAGCCACGAGAGCCAAGAAGAGAGUGGUGAAGAUGGUGUCGGUGGUGUUGCUGGUGUUCGUGAUCUGCUGGACGCCCCUGCAGUCUCUCAUCCUCUAUAGCAAUUUCAUCCACGCGCAACACUACGCGGGCGAGCUGCCACAGUGGUUCCCCGUCAUGGAGUUCUGCGCUUACUUCGUGGCUUACUCGAACUCCGCGCUCAAUCCCAUUAUAUACUGCGGCUUCAACGCCAGCUUCCGCCAGGGGCUAGUUUCCCUCGUCACGUGUCGCCACUCUUCGUCCAGUAUCAUCUCCUACGGCCCCUCAACGGGCAGAUGGACCAUCAGCCAAGACCGAACCGAAAGCUCAGAAGGACACUGGAAAGGUAUGACUGCUGGCACCCGGGAGACCACCGUCGCUUGCUCGGGCCCGGAACCUGCCGUACUACUCGAGUUCAGUUCUCUGAGAAGAAGCAGGAUGCACAAGGCGGCCCAGUCUGCGCAGGAGUCUGAUCGCCUUGUAGUCGCAAACUCGAACAAGAAUCCACGUGGCACAGCGACCUCUGACGUCACGUGUAAGAAAUGUUACAUGGGGGUCAACUUACAACAGACGGACUCUCAGCUGACCCUCAACCACCAUGGAACAACUACAACCACAUCCUUCAUCUUAGACAACCACCACGAGUCCCCGAAGUCGUCCCACGCCGGCCACAGCUGCAGGAGAUUGGACGUCCAGGUCUCGAACUCCUCCAGCAACAGCGGGACGGCGACAGUGACCACCGUCUGUGGCUGCUGCAAGAGGAAGUUCGUGGAUGAUGACAUGUACGACCUCAAGGUGGUGAAAACAAGUGCUGACAUGGAUACAAAAGGUGACAUGCUGUGAAACAGAAAGUCAGACCAUGCUUAAGAUAAAUUCUCGACAAAUUAUUAUGUCAUUAAAGUAUGUAUGUUAGUGUACGUACUGGCAAAAAAAGAAAGACUCUGGUUAUUUUAGUAUCGGUAUUGAUAAUGGUAAGAAGAGAAAUACGCAAAAUUAUUCCUUUAAGUGAGUCACUUUGGUGUUCAUGAUUAAUUAAUUCUUGUUGUGACGCUUGUAUGUUACGUGUAUUUUACAUGUUAAGGACACGUGUUCAACAUGUUUAUCGAUAUAUUUGUGGUUAUUCUAAAAUCAAUCACUACGCUUUAUGAGCCAUGCUGUAGCAAUGGCAGAUGGAGAUAUUCCUCUUUGGAACCAACUGUAUUUCCAGGAUGAAUAUAAAAGGAUUUAUCUCUUCCUGUUCUUCUUUUAUGGAAUGAUCACAAGAAAAGAAACAUUGAUUCAUCAUUUGUUCUCUCUUUUCACGUUAACCCUAUUCCAAACGUCAUAUCACCAAUGUUCUGUUUGUAUAUGAUGUUCAAGGGUUAUAUUUACAACUUCAUAUCAUGGCGUUGUAAAAGACGCCAGGAAAUAUCUUAAUACUACCCUUUGAUAAUAAAAGUUACAUAUCCUCACUUAGAAUCAAGGACAGUGUUUUAUAGCCUGAAAGAGAGAGAGAGAGAGAGAGAGAGAGAGAGAGAGAGAGAGAGAGAGAGAGAGAGAGAGAGAGAGAGAGAGAGAGAGAGAGAGAGAGAGAGAGAGAGAGAAUCCUGUAGAUACUGCAUGGACAUUCAGUGUAUCGCGCAGUGUCGUGUGAUAUUUUUAUUGGUGUAGUAUUACUUUAUAGUAUGCUGUGCAAAACCCGACAUGGUACGGGGGAAUCCAUGUGGCGCGUUGCUCAGUAUAGUACAAAGACUGCAAGUUUACACUGUAUCUCCACUGAGAAGUAAAUAUAAUAAUGACUUUGCUAUGUUACCAACUCUCUGUGUAUGGCCAUUACAACUGUGUGUAUGAAUGUGUUUCUAUUUUGCUCACUGUUUAAAUAAUGUAAGUAUUUGAUUAAUUUUACAGAAGAUAUGUAUACAUAUGCACAUAUUCAUGCAUAUUGGUAUAUCUAUACAUAUGUACAUAAGUACACAUAUAAAUAUAUAGGAUAAAAUAUAAAUAUAGACACACACGCAGAUAUGUAAUUUUGUUCUGCCUACCUAAAUACCUACACACACAAACACACAAUUAUAUAUGUGUAUAUAUAAAUGUGUGUGUGUGUGUGUGUGUGUGUGUGUGUGUGUGUGUGUGUGUGUGUG